GAGCGGCAAUUUCGGUUGUGAGAGCCUCAUCCGUCUGUUGUCGAAUAAUCGGACAAAUAAUUGGAGGCUCCCGUAUAAUGGUAAAGGUUUGGGCAUCUUGUGGCGAUGCCCACCUAGCCAGCCGGCGUUUGGCUGGCUCGAGAUCUAGUCAACCGUCGGUUUUUGGGACCUCUCCGCGAGUAUCCCGCGGUGGACUCGAGACCGUUAGUGGUAAAGGUUUGAGCAUCUUGCGAUGCCCAAACGGCCAGCCGGGCCAUGGCUGGCUCGAGAUCUGUUAA